AAAAUUGGGGUCAAGUUCAUUGCAUUUGGGUUCCUUUCAUCUCAUGUGCAUUGUCGCACAUACCCUAACCCCUCUCCUCUUCCUAAUAAAACCAACCCCCUUUCCCCUUCCCUCUCUGUCUUUCGUUCCUUUUCCUUUUCUUACUUCCUUUAUCUCUCCUUUUUUUUGCCCUAUCUGAUAGGGUUUCCACGUCCUUCUACCUUCAAUCUUUUUCAUGCAUUCCUGUUUUCAAGCUACACACGUUGAAGUUUCGGUUUUCUUCCUUGUUGGGUCUCUCUUUUUUGCUCUCUUUGGAGGGUUUUGGGGCGAGGAACGGUGCAGAUUUGACCUCCCGGGGUUUUUUGAGUUGUACUCAUGUCAAAGCUAUUUUCUUUUAGUGGAAGUGAUAAUUUUUUCCCUGGGGGGUCAAUUUACCCAAACCCCAAGGAGUCAAGUCUCUUUUUCUCCCUUGGACACCAUGUGGAUGUAUAUUUUCCUCAUCACAAGAGGUCCCGCAUCAGUCCCCCCAUUGUUUGCUCUGGAGAAAGGGUUGAGAAGAAGAACCCAUCAAUUGAGAUUCUCCCUGAUGAAUGCUUAUUUGAAAUCUUCAGACGGUUACCUGGAGGCCAAGAGAGGAGUUCCUGCGCUUGUGUUUCCAAGCGCUGGCUUACGCUUGUAAGCAACAUCCACAGAGAUGAAAUCAAUGAUAACAACAAGGGUGGAGUUGUUUCUAAGGUUGAAGAUCAAGAUGUUGAGGGUGAUGGAUACCUCUCUAGGGUUUUGGAAGGGAAGAAAGCAACAGAUGUUAGACUUGCUGCUAUUGCUGUAGGAACUGCAAGCCGUGGAGGAUUGGGUAAGCUUUCUAUUAGAGGAAGCAAUUCCACAUGUGGAGUGACUAACGUUGGGCUCAGGGCCAUUUCCCGUGGGUGCCCUUCUCUAAGGGUUCUUUCAUUGUGGGAUUCGUCUUCUGUUGGAGAUGAAGGUCUGUUUGAGAUUGCUGAUGGGUGUCACCAGCUAGAGAAGCUUGACCUUUGCCACUGCCCUGCAAUUACUGAUAAGUCUUUGCUUGCUGUUGCUAAGGGCUGUCCUAAUUUGAAGGAUCUGACCAUUGAGGGUUGUGCAAACAUUGAAAAUGAAGGCCUCCAAGCUCUUGCUCGCUGCUGUCCGAAUCUAAAGGCUAUUUCGAUCAAAGACUGCCCCCUUAUAGGAGAUCAAGGAAUUGCGAGCAUGUUGUCUUCAGCCUCAUUUACCCUCACAAAAAUAAAGCUCCAGGCCUUGAAUAUCACCGAUGUCUCUCUUGCUGUUAUAGGACACUAUGGCAGGGCUGUGACUGAUCUUUCUCUCAUUAGUCUUCCAAAUGUGAGUGAAAAGGGCUUCUGGGUAAUGGGUAAUGGUCAUGGGCUACAGAAAUUGAAAUCUUUUGCAGUUACAUCCUGCCGUGGUGUAACGGACUUGGGACUUGAAGCUGUCGGAAAGGGUUGCCCAAAUUUGAAACAGUUAUGCCUCCAUAAAUGUGCUUUCUUAUCUGAUAAAGGGUUGGUGUCUUUUGCCAAAACAGCUAGUUCACUAGAGAGCUUGCAACUUGAGGAGUGCCACAGGAUCACCCAAUUUGGGUUUUUCGGUUCCCUUCUUAACUGUGGUGCAAAGUUGAAGGCUAUUUCUCUCGUGAACUGCUAUGGUAUAAAGGACCUAAACCUGGGAUUGCCUUCUGUAUUGCCUUGCAAAUCCCUUCGAUCACUGUCCAUCCGUAACUGCCCUGGUUUUGGUGAUGCCAGCUUGGCUGCAUUAGGGAAGUUGUGCCCUCAGUUGCAGCAUGUAGAGUUGAGCGGGCUUCAUGGGAUAUCAGACGCUGGGUUGCUUCCAUUGCUUGAGACUCGUGAGGCAGAUUUGGUGAAGGUUAAUCUCAGCGGUUGUGUUAAUUUAAGUGACAAAGCUGUCUGUAUCAUGGCUGAUUUGCAUGGGUGGACUCUAGAAAUGCUGAAUCUUGAAGGUUGUAAGAUCAGUGAUGCUAGUUUGGUUGCAAUUGCAAAGAACUGUCAGUUACUCAGUGAUCUUGAUGUCUCCAAAUGUGCAAUCACUGAUUCUGGAAUUGCAGCUCUGGCUCGUUCUAAUCAGAUCAAACUGCAGAUCCUUUCUAUGUCUGGUUGCUCUAAGGUCUCUGACAAAAGCAUGCCUUCACUUCGAAAACUGGGUCAGACCCUGUUGGGGUUAAACCUACAACAAUGCAAGGCAAUCAGCAGCAGCACAGUUGACCUAUUCGUUGAGCAGCUCUGGAGGUGUGAUAUCCUUUUCUGAACUAAAUUAUCAACAAAACAAGGUUUGAUCAAAUCAAGAAGCCUAUAGAUACCCUUUGUGAGUAGCAACAGUUUGUUUAAUUUUUAGGUCCAUCAGUUGCGAGUCCUCUAUCUUCCCGAACUCAGUCCCUUUUCCAGGGAAUACGGCCAUUCUCCCUUUUUUUUUUUUUGCAGGUUCCCUUUCAUCAAAGACCUGUUACUAGAUUUUGAAUCCCGAUAAUGGGUGUUGGUUUCUCGAUGGCCGAAUUUCCCCGAGAAUACAGUUGCCUAGUUCUGGAAUUUAGAGUAUCUUUACAGUUUGUUAUGGUGUUUUUGCUUAGCCUUUUGGCUAAGCUUUCAUUAGUGUUGUAGUUUGUUCAUUGUUGGUUUUACCCAGUCUUUCACGUUUUUGAACUCAAUGUUCUGCACGUGAUGGUUGGGUUUUGGAGUCAUUGGUUGCUUUUGGCAGUUCAAAGUUUGGUGACCAGCUUUCAUAUGGGUUUUGGCCAUGGCAGCAAGCAAUUUAGAUACUCUGCCAUGACAACUCUUGUAGUUGUUUUUUUUUUACCAAAACCCUACUUUUACUGGUUUCAUUUGGCUUUGAACUGUUGUAAUCUACGACAGCCUGUCAACUAUAAUGAAAUAUUGAACCUGGCAUUGGAGGUCAUCUAUGUUUAUGUUCCCCAUUAUGAUAAAUAAAAAUGAUCAAACUUUUGAUGUCUGUAGAAA